AUGAACAAGAGGAAGACUUUGGACUGGGGCAGUACCCUGAGCCAGAACAACACCCUGAACCAGACCGACACAGAGGAAGACCCAGAGGCCUGUGACAUCCUAUUUGAACCACCCAUUACAGAGGAGUCGAUAUUAGAGCAGUGUAUUAGAGAAGAGGCAAUGUCAGAUGUUUCCAAUGAAUCCUGCCACGACCAUGAGCCGGAUGAAAUGGACGACUGCCUGGAAGUUGAGAAUGCAGCAGGAUCCCCAGACAGUGAGGCAGAUGAAAAAUGGAGAUCAAUAUUCUCUUCUUCUAUAAAUAAAGAAGAUGAUGACUCAUAUUUGGACAGUCUUCAGCUGAGUGCACAGGAGCUCUUUGUGCAGAAAGUUGAGGUGACAGACCUUGAGGAACAUGACAACAACAACAUUGAAGAAGUCAGUUUUGAGGUUCCACAAGUGGAAGAAGUUCUGGAACAACCUGAGGAUAUCAUUUCCUUUCCUUCCACUCCACAAGAGGUUAAAUAUAACCCUUUAGGCCUUCAAGGUUUGUCCAAAAUCUCUGAAGAUGAGAGUGAAAAUGGCAGAGAUGCCAAUCAUAACCAUGCCACCCAUCAAAAGCACGUCAAUGCAGAUUUGAACAAGAAGCUACCUAAAGACUUCUGUGUGAUACAAGAGACCAAGAGCAAGAAUGUUAGCACAGAGCAUGUGGACUUCCAGCUGGCCCGUAAACAGUGGCGGGAAAUGGAGGAGCAAACCAUGAACAAGAUUGUCUUACCUACAACCAAGCAGCCCGGCUUCCAUGGCAGCCACAGCUUCAUGUACACACCGGUCCGCAACAUUGAAAGAACUCACAAGAAAGCUAAUGAUCUGGAGAACUUGAAUCUGGUUGGUGAUUAUCCUCUCACCCAAUUCAGCCCUUGCUCAGAGGAUUCUGGCCUGGAUGAUUCCAGUUACAGGUCCCCGUACGAUGACCCAGAAACAACAGUGGAAAGGGAGAUUCGUAUGUCAAUGGAGAGGGAGGAAAGCUUCAGGAGAGAAAAGGGCCUCUCCAGGAUGGGAAAGUCCACUGAUUGUGCUCCAUCACGAAGUAUGCCAAGAUCUAUAAGCACUCCUCUGACACCAUCAUUCAUCAUUACAUCCUCACCUAGUAAGGAACCACUGAAACGUGAAGUAUCCGCAAACAACGUUAUCAUUUUCGACCCGAGAAAUGGCAAAGACAACGUGAUGGCUCAGUCCGGCGACUGGUGCUCUGAGGACAACAGCUCCAACCUCAUCAUCCUAGAGACAUCCAAUCUGAUUAUCCGCAGUGCCUCUGAGUUCUCACUCAACAAAGCCUGUGAGCAAACCCAAGAAAAAAUGUUCCUGAACAACCCUUUUUUCAAGCUGCGUUCAAGAAGCACAAUGUCACUGGUGGAUGAAGAGAUUAAGAUGGUGAAGCAGAGGGAAGAUGAUCUGAGGAAAGAGAGGGUGAAUCUUUAUGGCACAGACCGGUUCAAUAACGAAAGGAUAUUGUCGAAUCACAUGGACACUUUGGCGUUUGACAAUUCAGCAGUGAAGUGCAAGUCCUCUCCAUCAUCGCCAAUGAAAACAACCUACAGGAUGGAUCGCUCUGCUUUAUCCUGUGAUCACAGAUUUCCAGACAUCUACUCAGGAGGAAGACGCAAGAGUGCCAUGGCUCUGCGCUGGGAGGCUGGCGAGUUUACAAAAAAUGACUGAAGAGGACCUAGUCAACAGUUUGCCAUAUAAGGGCAUCAAUUGUCAAUGUUAUACUCAUUCAAGUUUAAUGCAGUGUUGCAAUUGUUUGUUUCAUCUUGUGACAUAACCUAAACUCUCUGCUUCUGUGAUGCUUUGGGCAAAACUAGCAAGAUAAUGAGAAUGUAUAUUUUGGACAAAUCGCAUAUUGAACUCGUACGGUUUUAUACUGUACCACGCAUAAAGAUAACACUUGAUUCUGGCCAGAGGCUGUAUAUUAUAUUCGGACCCACGUGGCUUAGACGUGUCCUCAUCCCUUUUGAAUCAACACUCAUCGCCGGAAGGCUGCUGGUUUCAGCUCUUACUAGGCUACAGCUUCUACUACUUGUUGGAGUAGUAAAGUAAUGUUUAUCACCAUAUUGACAAGGACAGUGCCAACACACAGUUUCCAUUUAAAACUAAUUGAGUAUACAAUACUAACUAUUUUGAACUGUGGCAGGUGAUGAUGGAAUAAAAGAGACAAACCCAGUUUAUCAGCUUAUGUGUCAUGCAAUAUCGUUCAAUAACUGCAUGCCUCCUUGUGGAUGAUCACUUGCCUGUUGAAGAACUGUUUGAAAGAUCAAAUCUAGAAUCUCAGAAAAACUGCAAGUGGAAGAAAAUAAAAUUCUAAAAUAUCUGGCCUUAUUUAUGAGGAUCGUAUUAAAGGAUGCGACUCUCUUAAUGCAGUUCUCACAUGCCAUAUGUACAUCAACAGAGUUAUUGGUCGCUGUGAUCAGAAAGUUCAGCCGAAGCUAAUACGAGGCUUAAAGCAGAGACAAAUCAAGUGGCCAUCGAAUGUAAGUGUAUUGCUAAUAUAAUACUGCCUGUAGUGUUAUUGGUCUUGUGUUGAAUAAUGUUUCUCCUGUUAAUAUUGUUUUCUGUAGCGCUGCCUUCUAAGUUAUGAGAUAGGGUUUAAUUAAAAGUAUCGCUGGGGUAAGCUUUAUGCCUCAAAGGAUAGAUGUUAAAAGUUGCAGCUAAAGUUGUGUUGAGAUUAAAGUUGUUUUUUGUCACUUGGGGGGGCAACAGAAACAGGCUGUAAACAAAACAUUAUCAUAUAUUAGCAGAAAACACAUUUACACACCAAACAGAGCAGCAUUAUCACUCAUGUGGACUCAUGUAGUCCUAGUUUAGUGUCUAACUGUCUCUUGUUAGCUCGUAUUAACUGUCUGUUUCAGCUGGUGACGGAGCAGGCUUCAGCUGAACAUCAGAAUGCAUUCAGGACUGUGGUAUUUAUAUAUAUAUAUAUAUAUAUAUAUAUAUAUAUAUACACACACAUAUAUAUAUAUAUACACACAUAUACAGUGUAUUCAUACUAGGAAGAGAUUGCCUCAAGGCCAGUAUUAACAGGAGGGAGGAUGCAAGUGACCAAUAAGUCUUUCAACAUACAAAUGACAUGUGACUCACUGAUGCACCGCUGUCUUAAAUAUGAACAGCUGUAAUCAGGAAACUCCGUAACUCACCCAAAGUCAGCAGAGCAGCCGGACGAUAUCAGAGGGGAAACUAUAAAACAUUUUCUCCAUGAAAUAUGAUCCAGUCUCACCAAAAUCAACUUAAAGUAAAGCCUUACGCACUUCUCCCGAGAGAUUACUCUGUGCAAGCGCAGAUGUCGGGGGGAACAGAGACGUA